AAUUGGCAUCUAAGGUUCGUUCUUAUCCAAGUCAUCAAAAUGGCAAAAUUUAUUUUCACAGUUCGAAAAAACUAAAAAUUUCGAAAACGUGACUAAAUCUCUAGAUAUUUUAAUUCAGUUAGCAGAAACCGUCAGCUGAUAUUUGUAAACACAUCCGCCAUGUCGAGACAGCCAAAACUUUAAGAGCUGGAGUGAAUGUAGUGCUGGGCUAGACCCCAAGCACGUUGUCUACAUCAAUCUCUGCAGUCUUGUCUCCCGCCUCCCUUCUCCAACUCCGCCUGCACGUGUGGCGGCGGCGCUAGUGUACCGCAGCGGGUCAGCCUCACCACGCGUUCUCUGAUUCCAUUCCCACAUUACUCUCUGCCAAUGGAGAAGUCGCAUGGAACCACUUUCCUUCUGAUAGGUUGGAGUCUACUGUCUGUUAUCGUGCGAUCAACCAAUAGGAAACUUAGACACAGCCCGAUCCAUCAUAGCAGCGAUGGCCGUGGUCUAAAGCGAGGCUGGAUCGGCAGCAAUGCAGAGCGCAUAGGAGCGCCAGUCGUUUUGCAAGUCAGAUCGAAGCGGCGCCCAUGUCUGCCGCAGCAUGGCUACCAGCACGUCCAAUCCGUAUAUCGCCACAACUAGCGUGUCCUCACUGACGAGCGCACACGCUGCAGACAUGCAGGUCGCCACCUCGCAGGCCGGCUACGGUCGCGAGCCACUAGAGAUGAAGUAUGUACCGCCGCAACACCAGGGACCGAACGGCCAUGCACUCGGUCCUCAUCCGCAAUGGGUGAGCAUACCUUCGCACACAGAUCCCGGGUCCUGGUCAUCUGGAAUGCCACCGCCAAGUCUCCAUUCGCAAGAUAUCAAACCACCGCCUCAUACGGGUGCCGAACUCCAUCCCGGUGCCCUUCAUCACCGUCCGCCUCAACACAUGGCGGCCUCCCACCCCUGGCACCACUCCUCUCUAGCCUCUUCACAUAUGGGUGGUAUGCCACCCCCAGCCAACGGGUCGUCGCCUCUACAGCACCCUGCCUAUGGCAUGAAUGGGAUGUUAGCCCAUGGAGGGGGACCUCAAAUCCAUCCUGCCAUGAGAGAAGUUCCACCACACGAGCAGGCCCAGCAGCAACAUCACCAUCAUCACCAUCAGCACCACCCCCAUCAUCAUCAGCACGAUUCAGUGCAUCCGAGAGGUCUGGACCCAAGGCACCCCGAAAGUGGUGAAGAAGAAGCACCCAGUUCUGACGAUUUGGAACAAUUUGCCAAACAAUUCAAACAGAGACGGAUAAAGCUUGGGUUCACUCAAGCCGAUGUAGGACUGGCUCUCGGAACCCUAUAUGGUAAUGUGUUUAGCCAAACUACAAUCUGCAGGUUCGAAGCGCUUCAACUCAGCUUCAAAAAUAUGUGCAAAUUGAAACCGUUACUAGCAAAGUGGUUAGAAGAAGCAGAUAGCACAACAGGAUCGCCAACAAGCAUUGACAAGAUCGCAGCCCAGGGCAGGAAGAGGAAGAAAAGGACAAGCAUCGAGGUGUCUGUGAAAGGGGCCCUAGAAAGUCACUUUCACAAACAGCCGAAGCCAUCAGCUCAGGAGAUCGCAAAUCUAGCGGACAGUCUCCAACUUGAAAAGGAAGUUGUGCGGGUUUGGUUUUGCAACCGACGACAAAAGGAAAAACGCAUGACCCCACCGGCCAGCCAGCUACAAGGAAACGGACCGACUCCGGGAAACGGCGGGGAGAUGAUGUUGGGUCAUGGCGGCAGUCCUGGUCACCUGCAUGCUCAUUCGCACAGUCCUCCAAUGUUGCAGUCUCCGCCGCCUCAUACCUCUAGCCUGCCCAUCCACAGUGUCGGCCAGUCACUUACAGCUCACUGACCAUCACUGGACACUUGGACUUUGUGAUUGAAUGCGUGAAUGUGAGUGUGUGACUUUCGGACGCUCACAGACUGCCCUCCCAGGAACUGCCCCGUGCUGGGACGAAGUGUUUUGUGUGUGCACAAUCCCCACCUCAAGCCACAAGGUGUACGUUGUACAUAGUUUCCAAUUGAUACAGGUGAGAUGUUUAUUUGUGCCAAUUAUUAUUUCACCUACUUCUAUCGUGUCGCUAGUUGGAGAGCAUUCAGACUGCGGACAGUUUUUUCGCCCCAGGCUUUAGGCCUAGCACCAAGAAGCAAGUAAACAUGCGGCCGAGGUAGCUAGUCUCAGGCCGGGAGGAAGGUAGGCUUAUUUCUACCGCUUAGACGUCGGCAUGGGGCGUUCAAAUAAUCGGGAGGUAAACAAUUAGGCUUAGUUUGGUCUAAGCUGGAGCUACGGUCACAGUUCAACUAUCAGGGUUCAAUGUUAGACAUGCCACAAACUAGUGUUAACUAUCACUUUGAGGGCCGGGAUAAUGUAGCUGGAAUAGUUGUAGAGAUGUAAGCAGCGUGUGUGGGUUACGAGGGACGGUUAGGCCUCAUGUACGAGCGGUUAGGCCUAACGACGAUAAUACGGUAUUUUUUAUUAAUGUCACACAUACCGAUAAAAUACCGGCGGAGCCAGUCUCCGGGGUGCCAAGCAAUCCCUCGCUGUAGUCCCAAUCCCGACCCCCUCUAAGGAACACCCCAAUUUCACUUUGUAUAUAGAUCUCUCUUGUUCUUGUCGGCACUGUGUAUAACGUACUUUAGGACUCUCCUUAGAGGGGGUGUGAUUUCUUCUUCCCCCGUCAGUAGCCCAUCAGUUUAAUUUCCCCUCCAUUGCCCAUCUUGCAGUAGUUGUGUCGUUGCGUCAUUUGUACCACGUCUACGUCAUUUAAGAACCAACCACAAAAAAAAAAAUUCGUAGAAACUACACAGUUAGGCUUAACUAUCACUACUGUCAGACUGACCGACAGGUUUAGAUCUGGUACCUUUGUGUGCUUAGAGUAAACAGAAAAUUCACACACGCAGAAAAGAAACGUCGUUAACGUAAAUAUGAAUCAAAUAGCCAAUCAGUGGUUGAACUAUCAAACUAAAAAGUUCAAGCCAGUUAAGUAAACAUCAAAGAUUUACGUAUUGUACAGGUAUCUCGAGAACAAGGUGAAGACAGCAACCAAAACUCUGUAAAAAAAUUUAAAAAAAAAUGAUAUUCUAAUGACUGUAGUUCUGUGCUAACGUUGUAUCAUAUUGCUAUAGUGACAUUAACACGAAAAUAAACAGCAAAUUCUUUGCGACUAUUA